CUCGGUUGCGUUAACGCCGAACCUUCAUGAUUAACACCAAAUCGGGUAUUGAAUUUGGCACUCAGUCAGUUGUCUUCAGGGCUUAGAGUCAGAAGAUGGAGGUUCUAAUCUCAAUUUUCUGUUUCUCAUACUCAGAAUACGAUCAUGUAUUGUCAGAAUAAGACAUCAUUUUCAAAGGUUGUUGCCGAUUGUCGGUGGGGCUUGACUCGUUACAUUUCCAAAUAUGUGCUCCCGGUCUGAUCACUUUAUAAGAAGCCAUCUUUUAGUUAUAAACUCCGUAGCGGAGAAUAUCACAUACAUAACACAUCACCGUAGGUUAGGAGGACCACAGCAAUGGUGAAUCAAACUUCCUGAUCAUCAAUAUCUUCAGCAACUACUUUUUUACCACCUUACGAAGGAUCCCUAUUCCAGAUGAAUUGAGAGCGAAAGCUCGGGAGAUGACAGCAACACCUGAUCCCACCACACCGGCGAUGGGGCCUUUGUCGUCAUUGAAGAGUCAGUUCUAACUACCCUCAAAUGCGUUUUGUCAGCGGGGGUGUCAGGCCUCGGACCACAGUAGGCCGACGGCAAAACAGGAAGAUCAGUUUCUCCGCGGAUAAUGAAAUGAGUUUAGCGGCUUGCGCCCAUGCGCCAUCACGGGAUUUGCCUAGCCCUGGAUGGAGGUCACCACAAGUGACCAGUCAGCUCGCUAAGCGUCCCGAAACGGGUUAGGGCGAUUCGCACCGAAC